AUAAAAUGCUGUACAGAAGUGGCUUAUUUUUAUGCCAAAUUAAAGAAAUAUUUUAGCACAUUUUUCAGUUAUGCCUCACAUAAUUAUGGUAUGGUAUUGGAUUCGAAUCUAACUUAUCCUCACUAUAAUUUGUUUGGUUCUUUCCCUGGUUAUGGGUCAUCCAAGGAGUAUAGAAGUAGAGGGGUCAUCCGCAAGCAGCGAACCACGCAACUAUUUGAUCUGCUCACGCGCAGUGGUUAAGACCGCUUUUAUUUAACUACUGUACUAGCAGCAAUCAAUAUAUAAUAACUAGAUCGUGCGAAGACGUAUGCUACUUGUUUGAAGUUAAACAAAAUGCGGUUUCUAUACACUGUGUUUUAUAAAACUACAGUAACAAGUAAAUGAUGCUGUCUGAAAAGGGAUCAGCACGUAAGGUUUCCUUAGUGAAACGAGAACAGAGUAAAGAUGACAAGAUUUCUUCUAAUUCUAAACCUGCUAAAGAAACUGAGAAAAAAAUGGCCAAAUCUGUUGGAUCAGUUUAUGGUGGUCAGAACAAGCCACUGUCAAAGUCCAGAGACUUGUCUGUCUCCAAGGCAAAGCAAGAUGUUGGUGAUACAAUGUCUUGGAAAGACAGAGCAUCCAUAGCCAAGAGGCAGCAUGAUGAUGAGGAGAAGGCAAUGAGUAGUCAGAGACGGGAGAUGAGUAGCGUGAGGCAACCUGUCAUCAAAAGCAGCUCGCUGUCUGCUGGGAAAAGCCACGAUGCCAGGGUGCUGCCAGCCUCCACUCGUCCGGUCGUCAGGAGCAAACCUGCAGGCACUGGCUUUCAACCUAAAUCCCAACCCACUAAGCUUGCUGCAACUUCAAAAGACACUCCAGAUAAGAAAAAAACAAAUAUAACUGCUGGAAAUUAUAAAAAAACACCCUCGUUACCAUUUAAGGGAUCUGUGGCCAUCAUGCGUACUCCUAGAACCUACAAGCAGACUGAUUCUCAGAAAAUGGUUUUGACUAAGCCCUCAAACACACUACCAAAAAAGCAAGAUAAAGACAAGGUGAAAUCAACACAUUUGUCAAAAGUGUCUGAUGCUGGGAAGGCGGCAGCUGUCAAAGAAAAAAUGGCGGACUCCUGCAAUAGAGUUCAAGAUUGUGAAGCAGAAGCUAAGACCAGCAUCAGUAGACUUGGCAGAGCACGAACCAAAACUCGGACCCUCAGUCCAACAGAGGUUAAAGCAUUGAGAAAUAUUGUCGCCAAAAAUGUGGAGCAUCGCAAAAACCAGGAUUUUUCUAGUACCCUGUCGUCGUCAAAGCUGAGUUCGCCAAAACAGGUUGCAGAAGUGGAGCGAGUGGGAACUGUGAGCUUGGGUGUUGAGGCAGAUGACAAGGCUGAAGAUGAUUACUCAGAGGAUUUCGAGGAUUACGAGUCGGACUUUGAGGAUGCGACGGACUCUGAGUUGGCUGUGAGUGGGUCGAUGGACCGCAACGGCAGCAGCGCGAGCUGCGUGUCGGAUGAAGGCGAGAGCAGCGGGACGGACUCGAUCGGAGGGGACGCGGUGGAGAUGACUACUCACCAGCACCCGCUCGUCGAGGAGGAGAAGAAGCUGGACUCUGGCAACUACGACCUGGCGGAGAAGCGACGCCAGGGCAGGCAGCUGCAGGAGAUCAAGGCUGCACUGGAGCGGGAGAACUCUGCUGCUGCGGAGAGCAGGGAAACAUUCAAUAAGGUUUCUGCAGUGGAACAACUUCCUUCUGAUGAGGGAUUUGUAGAAGAGAAACCAGAAGAUGUGAACUCUACAGUGACCAUGGUGUCAAACACAAAUUUCAUCAACUUUGCAAAUGCCAGGAAACGGCAGUUAGAGAAAAAGGCCACUGCAAAGGCCAAGAAGCGAGGGGAAGAACUGCUGGGAAUGGUGACUCUGGAUGUGGUUGGUUUUUCACUGCUUGACCUCGCACCUAUCCCAUACGACAUUUACAUGAAGAGUUAUGGCAGGUCAAACACCAUGCAGGUCCAUGUACAGACCAACGAAGAUAGCAUCAGUGAGGAAGUACAGACAGAUGAGGUCCACAUGAGCAGCAAGUGGACUCAGAAGCCUGUGAUGUUUUGCACCAAACUUCAUUCAGAAGCUGGCAAGAUUGGCGAGAUGCAGAGCUUCACACAGAAUCAUCUGGGCGUAGGCAGUGAUGAAGCAGAUGAAGAAUGGCACAGGUGGGAAAACAGGCUUACAUUCAACUUCACCCGGCUGAACCAGUUCCUCGUCUCUGCUGGGCAGGUGGUCUCGAUCUUGUUGGAGGAAAGCCAAAUGCAUGAUGGUAGUCUGCUGAGGCCCAGUCCUGGUGACCUUACCUUCAGCGAGGGCUUCAUUACGCUCAACGUGGAGUCUGUCCCGUUCCUAGCCAACCGUUCAGUCACCUGCUUGUGCUUCCACCGCGCUGUGCCCAACCUGCUUCUCACCGUGCACAACUGCCAAAGCCAGGACGAUGGCCGAAAUGCUGCGGACACGGAGGCCACCCUGGGGCGGAGCAUGGUCUGCGUGUGGAGCGUGCUGGAGCCAUUGUGUCCCCAGAAGAUGCUGGUCGCCAGCCAGCGGGUGUGCACUGCCUGCUUCGAUGCCACCAAGGCCAGCCUUGUGUUCGGGGGACUGGCAGACGGCUCGGUUUGCGUCUGGGACCUCCGGGAGCAGCCCUCGCACCACAAGGUCGUGCGGGUCGAGUCGUCGGAGUGGACCAUCAGGUCCCCCACAUACACCACAGCUGAAAUUCUCAAAAGUGAAGGGCAUCUGGGCCCUAUUGUUUCACUCCAGCCAGUGAUAGAAGCUGAUGUCCAAAAUGAUAGCAGCGGCAUGGGUGAAUUCUCACCAUUGCAGGUGUGCAGCCUGGAAGAAUGUGGCAGGCUACUAGUGUGGACGGUGGUGCGAAGUGGCAGGCCCGGCGAGCAAGACUUGGGGCUUGCCCCUUGGGGGCGGGUCCGCCUGCUGCAUAGUGCCUCUGUGCACCUUGGCUUGGAGACGCAGUGCGUGGCGAUGGACCUGCAAGGUGGCGACCACCUGUACGUGGCAACCAUCUCGGGACAGGUAGUUCACUGCCUCAGGAGCGGGGGCAAGCCGCAGCCAUCCACCUAUGUCUCCACCUGGGGUGGACUGUCGUCAGCUAGCUGCAUAGAACCAUGUCCUUUUGGCCUGCCAUUCUUUUUGGUUGGCUGCAUGGAGGGUAUUGUACGGCUUCACUCGCAAGCAUCCACAAAGCCUUUGCUGACACUUGCAGCUACUGGAGAUGCUCUAGGCCAGGGCCCACCAAUCUUAACAGUGCAGUGGUCCAAGUCCCGCCCAUUUGUUUUCUUUGUCCUGGACAACUUGUCAAGGCUGCAUGUGUGGGACCUGAGUGUGAGCGACAUGUACCCUCGACACUCCGUCCGCCUAGCAGAACAAAGUAUUAGCACCAUUCGAUUGUCACCACACCAUGUCGGCAAAAGAAACGGUGCUCAGCUGGUGCUGGCGUCAUUGUGCGGCAAAGUGGAGAUCCACCAGUUGAAGGAGGAUCUGGUGUGCAGAUCCGACAACGAGCUGGCAGCUGAGCUGAAGAAGUUCUUAUACUACACGAGUCUGCUCUAGUGGGAGACAAGCUCCAUGUUAAAUUUUUGUCAGCAGUGAGAACCAUGCCUUUUGAUUAAAUAUUCAAGCCCUUGGAGAAUAUUGCCAUCAUAAUAGGCUACACUGAUCACAUUAUGAUAUAUUUGUUUGUAGCUAUGUGAGGAAAGUCGUUUAUUACACCAAUAUUUAUAUUAAUUUUGCAGCCCAAUGCGAUUGUUGAUUACCCAUGCAUAUAAAAAAACUUCUGAUUGAACAUCUGCAGUUUCUUAGAAGGUCAUUGUGCAAGAGGUGAGCAGGACAACAAGGAUCUAGGAUAGAUUCUGUGUAGAAGUAUUCUUGCUGGCUCAUUAACUGUCUGUUCAAGUUUCCUGUUCAGAGUAAGAUGCCUGCUGUGUGUCACAACCAACCGGACACUGCAGCUACGACAUCCGACUGGGAUCAACCAAAACUUCAAAAUAAAUGCACUAAAGUCAGAAAUUGCAAGCAACUAUGUAUGUAUAUUCAUCUCUAAAGUCCCUAAUCAAGAUACUGUCACAUAAAGUUAAGAAAAUCAUUAACCAAAACUGAAUAUAAUGUGUUCAAUACAAUUAUUUUAAAAAUGCUUCUGCAAUAUAAUUUAUUUGUGAACUGAAACAACAUUAGUACAAAGUAUUUACCGAAAAAAAUUUUAACUUAUCUUGGAUUCAUUGGAGUAAAAACUGCAUUUGAUUUCACCAGUAAUUUUUUAUUUUGCUAUUUGUUUUAUUUGAAGCUUCGAAUGUGAUGCAAAGGUUCUUGACUGAUAUAAAGGUUUGCAUUUGUUGCACAAGCCCGAGUUUUUUUAAAUUUGAAAAUUGUGCUUUACAAGUUCACCAGUACAGAUGAUUAUAACUACAGUAAAGAGUUUUUUUGGUUGGUGUCAUCACCAUCAGCCACAUAAAUAUGAGGAAACAUAUUUACUUUAUUGUUUUUUACAUUUACCAGCAAGUUUCACCGUAAAUUUGACAUUUAAAUCACUAUUAAACAUUUUCUAAAAUAUACUUCACAGAACACAUUUUUUGGAAGGUGGGAUGUAAAGAUGAUGGCGGACUACUACUUCAUGCUUAAAAGAGAUGGCACUGUUGAAGGAAGACAAUCGAGGAAUAGAAGUUUAAACCCACGUCAGACAGAUCUUGAAGUGAAAUCAUUGAAGACGAUGAAUUAAAUUGUCAGAUACCAUUGUGUUUUUGUUACAGUCAUAGAAUUUUAAAGUGAGUAUAAUAUAUUAUACUAUUGUCCAUUGUAAUGCAAGUGCAUUGCAAUUUCAUGCUGGGUUAUAAAAUACAUGACUUUCAAAUGAAACUCAAAUUAAUUGUUCACUGUCCAAAAAUUUCAUUUACUGAAGGGUUUUUAUUUAUCCUUGGUCUGAACAAGCAUUUUGAGAUGCUAAAUAGCACAUAACUUCUUUAAUACUUUGUUUAUAAUUAAUAUUGUAGCAAAUAAUUUAGAUAAUAAUGAAAAUGAAAUAUUAAAAGUGAAACCAUUCAAAAACAUUUUGUUACAAGAGAGAAAAUGGGUGAAAACAAACUUAAUUGUAAGUUAUCAUCAAUUUUCUCUCUUGCAACAUAACAUUUUUUAAUGGUUUCAGUUUUAAUAAUUCAUUUACAUUAUUAUCUAAAUUAUGUGCCACAAUUGUCAUUAUAAACAAAGUAUUAAAAAAGUUAUGCACAAUUUAGCAUCCAAAUACGCUUGUUCAAGCCAGGGGUACUGUUCCUUAAAAAAAAACACAAAAUUGAAUUGUAUAAAAACCUAACAUGAUACAGGAAAAGUAAAAUCAUAUUUGACAUCAGCAUAAAAAAUACUUCUGAAAUCAACUUACAGUAUCAAAACAUCGUUCCAAAAAUCGCAUAGCAAUAUCAAUGUCUUUCUUUUAGAGUGCCAAUAGAUAAUAUUAAGAUGUAUGGGGCCAACGUAAUAAUGUGCUGUGCGUAACAAGAAAGCAUUUCACCUGGUGAAUUUUUUUAACUUAGUUUUUUUUUUUGUUUAAUUGUGGGAUAGCUUUUUCUUUAUUACAAAUGUUAAUAACAUUUUACAACAUAUUUUAUUAUAAUUUUUUGUAUGAAUUUCAUCUGACUGUUGAAAUUGCAUAAUUAUUGUAAUUUUUGAAAUUGGCUUAAGCUAAACUUUUGAUAGUCACCUUUUUUUUCAUGGUAUGAAAAUAAUUAUUUUUGUUGUGUUAUGAAUGUUUUGUGUGAACAAAGUGCACAAAAUUAAUUUUAUGCAUGGUUAUUUUAUCAUUUCUAUUGAAUGGUUUUAAAAAUAAAGCCCAAUUGGUUUUAUAAUCUUGGCAAAUGUUAAAAUAUUAUUUUUUUACUUCAUUCCAGUAUUUUAUAAAAAUAAGUGUAAUGCAGCCUUGCUGAGAAAAAAUAUUUGCAGUUCAAUUUGACUUCGCGAAUAUUUUAAACAUUCAAUUUGAUAUUCGCUUCACAUUAAAAAAUAGGUAUACACACAGGCCUACAGUACAAUCAAUACAUUUAUAAAAAUAAACCUAAAAUAUUUUAAGGCCUUAAACUGCCAGCGUGCUUUAUGUGCUCAGUCUGCAGGGAUCAAUCAGCUUUAAAAUAUAUUGGUAGAGCAGUUGAAUUAAAUUAAGCUGAUUCAGAAUCAAAGUCGUACAAGAACUGAUUUUAUUUUGGUUAAAUAAUUUGUUGCACCUGUGCUAAAUUUUGAAAUGUCAGUUUUUCAGUGUGAGAUAUUCAUAUGUUAAAAAUCAUGCACAGUAAAGUAAAUAUUUCUAUACAGUUCAAAAAAGUUAUAGGUAUAAAUUUUUUGUGAGUUAUUUUAUAGGGAAGUGGAGUCAGUUCCUCUUCUGAUGCAGAACAUCCAAGACUACAUAGGAUGUGCAAGGCAUUCAGUGUUGAAAUCAACAUUUUCUAUGUUAGUAUUUCAUAAAUAGCAUUUGUAUCUCAUCAAGAAAUGUUAGUACAUACUAGUAUAGCAAGAUGCAGUCACAAGUAAUAAAUAAAGCAUUAAAAUAUUUUAUUAAAAUUUUAGAGAUGUAUAAAAUAAAAAUAAAAAUAUUUUUAAGGGUAUUGUAGAGGAAAUUUUAUGCUUUAAAAGAUGUUAAAAGAGUUUGGUGAUUCAACAUGGUAAUUAAGUUUAAAAAAAUUUUUUGUUCAAAAUUAUUAAUUUCUUCAGAUUUCCUUAGACGUAGUGUAAAAAGAAGCAGAUGCAAGAACUUCUAUUUAAAAUUAGCUUUCCCUAGGGCUUGUAAUUUGUUUUUGAUAUUAUGUGUACGCAAAAUCAUUAGUGCACUGCCACUUUUCUUACUAAAAUUUAUUUUAUUUAUUUAUUUAUUUAUUUAUUUAUUUAUUAAAUGCCUGUGAACAGUUAGGAUAACUGUAAUGCCAAUAGAGUACAAUUCGAAAUGGGGCAAAUAUUUAACUAACUGUGCAGUAUCAGGAUUAUUUUAAUAUUACAGUUAGUAAUUACUGUGCUAUUUCAAACACAGCUACAAAAAUUAUUUAUUAAUCAUUGAUAAAUCAUUUAUGUCAUGCUGCUGUUGCCUACAUUUGCAAACUUUUGACAGAUUUAUUAAGUGUGUCACUUUACCAAACGUUUACUGCAAGUAUAUAUUAUGUGUCUCAAAUUCAAUAAAAAAAAUUUCACACUGUUUUAUUUAAACCUAAAGCAAUAAUAUUUUCAAUAAAUAAUUUUAAAAAAGUUGUAUAGUUAGUUACCCAAAAAUUACAUAAAUUGUAUUACACUUAAACACAAAGAAAACAGUUUAGUCAUAAGUUAUUGCAAUGUAUGUUUUAAAAGAAAUAACAGUCACUUUAAUUUGAAUUUAGUAGUUUGCAUAUUUGUGUGUUUUACCAUCAAAACUAGACAAAAUGUUAUUUUUACACAAUGUUAUAAAAUAAAAUGUUUGGCAAACUUCAUACAUUGUAUUGUCUUCUUUUGUCCAAAGUCUUUAGAACACAGUAAGUUUCACAAUAACAUUGUCUACCCAAACAUGAUUUUAAUACACUUUAAUUGGUCAUAAUGGACAAGUUUUCCAAUAAAUUUUCUUUUAUUUGUUAUGUCACAUUUUAUUGCUGCGUAAUAGAUUUUUGAACAAGCAAAAUUUAAAAAAAAUUCUAUCAACUUGACAGUUUUUGGCUUUUGACACGUUGUGUACAGUCUGCUAAUAAUAGCCAUGGAGCAGCAGUAAGUAGUGGGUUCAGGCUAGUAUAGCACUUUCUCUGGGUGUCGGAAGAUAGGGAAACAUUUAGAUGUGUUCACGGGGCGCAUCGUGUUCCUCUGUCAUUUGUGCACCCGUCCUGAAAGUUUUCUGGGUUUGUGCAUGCACAACUUGCAUGCCCAUACAAGAGGCUGAAAUCCCUUGCUUGUCCUCGCAAUCGUCCGUCCUUAAGUGGUGUUUAGUACGGCUGCUGCAGCGUGUGUUUCAAAUGUGAGUCAUCACAAAACAUACAUACUUUAUUGUUUGGUGUUGUCUGAUAGGUGGUGGCCAAAUCAUGUAACGUAAAUUGUAAUAACUUUCUCUCUCUUGUUAAAAUUGAUUUUCGGCAUACCACCUGCAGAAUUUUUUUGAAGUUAUACUUCGUUAGGCACAUGAAAAAAUCAUGACAGUGAAUUUUUAUGAUGUGUCUACACUAUGCAACAACAUUUUCACAGAAUGAAAAAAAAAAAAAUAAUAAGCUACAUACAAGUAACAAUUAUAUAUGUGAUUUAAUUUUCAUACUUAAGUGAUAUUGGAUACUGGUCCAUAUCAUUAAAAACAUUUCAUCAACUGCUUCCAGCCUGUGGCCAGGUCAGCAAAGAAAACCAUUUAUUUAUUGUGAAUAUUAGUGUUAGAAAUGGUGGUAUAUUAUUUGAUAAUCAUGUUUCUUCUUUUAGCCAUAGGCAGUGAAGAUAGUUUAGUUAUGCAAAGAAAUCUUAAUAAUUAUUUUAGUUAAAUUCUACCUUAAGUUUUAAUGUAUUUUGGUUGUAUUUUUCCAUGGCUAGUUGAAGGGAUUCUUAAAUUAACAAACUUAGUACUCUAAUUGUAUUUGAACAGCAUGUGCUUAUAUAAUAUUACAGAUCCAUGCCAUUCUUCAAUUUUCAUGGUAAUUUAUUGUUUUAUAUCAUAAUGUUUUGAAUGAAGCAAAACUGCUGAUAGUGUUUUGGUUUUUCAGAAUGGUGUGUAGUUAUUAAUAAUAUAUUGCUAAUGACUUUUGGUAGUUAUCUUAUUCAGAAAAUGACUUAAAAUAGUUUUUUUACAGGGAUGUCACAAGAUUGGCUGGUUUACUAUUGCCACAAACUCUCUUCACAGAUGCAACGUAAAUGUCCCCUUAAUCUAACUUUGGGAGACUGGUGGAUCUUUUAGUUUCAAAUGCAAAAAAAAAAUGUGAUUUCAUCAAAAUAUCUGUGCCUCUAUAUUU